AUGGGGAGACACACCCAGCGGAAAAUUAGCCUCAAGAAGCCCGUGCGAGAGGCUGAACUGACUGCGGGAGCAGGGCCCAUGGUGUGGGAGUCAUGCAGUCUCCAGCAAGGAGACCAGGCUGAGACCACCCGGCCACCCACGGGAUCAAGGGAGCGGGCUCUGCCGCUGGAGCCUCUGUGCCACGCAGGCCUCGGGCUGUACCCACAGCCGGUGACACUUCUUCCUGUCCAGGUCAACCCGUGCAGCCAGCACAGACCCGCCCUGGCCAGAAACGAGGCUGUGCAGACCAGCUGCAGGGGAAAAACCCAGGCUGGGGUGGUGCAAUGUGCUGGUCCUGGCUCCCCGGCACAGCUUGUGGCGAAUCUAAUCGUGUCUCCCAAACGGGUGGGUCUCAGGGGGCUACCGUUAAGGUCCCUAACUUGCCUCCUUCUUUCCAUAGUGUCGCAGCCGCAGGCGGCCCCUGGCGCCCUGGAGAAGCCGCCCAGCACGUCCGUCCUGUGCACCACCUGCGGGAACGUGUGCAAGGGCGAGGUGCUGCGUGUGCAGAACAAAUACUUCCACAUCAAGUGCUUUGUCUGCAAGGAGUGCGGCUGUGACCUGGCUGAGGGCGGGUUCUUUGUGCGCCAAGGUGAGUACAUCUGCACGCAGGACUACCAGAGGCUCUAUGGCACCCGCUGCUUCCGCUGCGACCAGUUCAUCGAGGGCGAGGUGGUGUCAGCGCUGGGCAGGACCUACCACCCCGACUGCUUCGUGUGCGCCGUGUGCCGGCUGCCGUUUCCACCCGGGGACCGAGUGACCUUCAACGGGAAAGAAUGCCUGUGCCAGAAGUGCUCCCUGCCCACGUCGCUGGGCAGCAGCGCCCACCCGUCCCAGGGCCUCCGGAACUGUGGAGGCUGCGGCUCAGAGAUCAGGAACGGCCAGUCCCUGGUGGCUCUGGACAAACACUGGCAUUUGGGCUGUUUUACAUGCAAGGCCUGUGGGAAGCUCCUGAGCGCCGAGUACAUCAGCAAGGACGGGCUGCCCUACUGCGAGGCUGACUACCACUCCAAGUUCGGCAUUCGGUGCGACAGCUGUGGGAAGUUCAUCACUGGGCCGGUGCUGGAGGCGGGUGAGAAGCACUACCACCCUGCGUGCGCACUAUGUGUCAGGUGUGGCCGGAUGUUUGCAGAGGGCGAGGAGAUGUAUCUCCAAGGUUCUUCCAUCUGGCACCCUGCAUGCCGGCAAGUGGCGAGGACUGAGGACAAAACCAAGGAAACCAGAACCUCCUUGGAGAGCAUCAUCUCUAUGCCUGCGUCCAGCACCUCGGGGUCCCCCAGCCGCGUGAUUUACGCCAAGCUUGGCGAUGAGACCCUGGACUACAGGGACCUGGCUGCCCUGCCAAAGAACAAGGCUAUCUACGACAUUGACCGCCCGGACAUGAUCUCCUACACGCCCUACGUCAGCCACUCCACGGGUGACCGGCAGAGCUACGGCGAGGGGGACCAGGACGACCGGUCCUACAAGCAGUGCCGGACCUCCAGCCCGAGCUCUGCAGGGUCAGUCAGCCUCGGGCGCUACACCCCACCCUCGCGGUCCCCGCAGCACUACAGCCGUCCAGCUGGUACUGUGAGUGUUGGUACCAGUAGCUGCCUCUCCCUGUCCCAACACCCAAGCCCUACCUCCGUGUUCCGACAUCAUUACGUCCCCUACUUCAGAGGCAGUGAAAGUGGCCGCAGCACCCCCAGCCUCUCCGUGUACUCAGACAGCCGGCCUCCUCCCUCCACCUACCAGCAGGCGCCGCGCCACUUCCACGUCCCAGACACUGGCGUCAAAGAUAACAUCUAUAGGAAGCCCCCCAUCUACAAACAGCACGCAGCGAGGCGGUCAGACGGAGAGGAUGCGAGUUUCGACCAGGACAACAGGAAGAAGACCAGCUGGCUGAUUCUCAAGGGAGACGCAGACACGAGGACAAACUCCCCGGACCUGGACAGCCAGUCUCUGUCACAGAGUAGUGGGACAGACAGAGACCCUCUCCAGAGAAUGCCAGGCGACAGCUUUUACUCACGAUUCCCCUAUUCCAAAUCUGAAGGGAAGAAUGGCCUGGACCACCGGAAUGCCAAUCUGGUCCCUCUCGGAGCAGACCUGGAUGCCAGCUGGGGCACACGAGAAUACAAGAUCUACCCUUAUGACACCCUCAUCGUCACAAACCGGAUUCGCGUGAAACUACCCAAAGAUGUGGACAGGACGCGCCUGGAGAGACACUUGUCACCGGAGGAGUUUCAGGAAGUAUUUGGGAUGAGCAUGGAGGAGUUUGACCGCCUGGCCCUCUGGAAAAGGAAUGACCUCAAGAAGAAGGCCCUGCUGUUCUGACAGCCGCCAACACGCCUCUGCACACGUGUACUGGCGGCAGAGACACGGGACGCCUGUCCAGAGCCACGCUAAAGCCCUCCUAUUGCACUUUCCUGGCUUCUUUGUUGAUAAGGGCAGGUGGUGGGAGCCUGGAGGGCUGGGCUGGGGGCCACGGGGUAGCCCCGUGUCUGCCGGUGACACUCCUGCCCGUAGCUCAGGACCCAGGCACCUCACUCAACAUGGCUCUUCCCACUGUUUGCACCAAUA